UUUCCAAUCCGAAAAACACAACCCACAGACACCACCACCACCACCACUGCAUUCAGAGAGGAGAAGAGACAAAAAGCUUGGAACUCCAAGAAUGGUGGUCUAGAGAGAAAAAACAAGUGGGUUUCGGUUCCGCACUCAUCCGAACACAAAUUCGAGACACACCAACUCUAGCACGACCCCGAGCACCUCCAAACCAAUCCCCAAUCACCCGAAGUCAGCCCGAGUCUCGGGCGUUCUGUUGCUCCGCCAUCUUCUCCGAUUUUUCCAAAACCAUUUUUUGCUUUCUCGGACAGAUUCAAGAGAUCUAGCAAAGCACCUGUGUGGUUACUAAGAAAACACUUAUUACAAAAUGUGGAAGCUAAAGAUUGCUGAAGGCAAGGGACCAUAUUUGUUUAGCACCAACAACUACGUUGGUAGACAAAUUUGGGAAUUCGAGCCUGAUGCAGGAACACCGGAAGAGCGCGAAGCAGUUGAACAAGCUCGACAAGAGUACAAGGACAACUUUAAAAAAGACCGAACUCGAGCCCCACCCUGUGCUGAUCUUCUAAUGCGGAUGCAGCUGAAAAAGGAAAACAAGAACAUCGAUUUGAGUAUACUAGCAAUGAGAUUGGCAGAGACAGAGGACGUGAAGUAUGAGACCGUGACAACUGCUUUGAAGAAAGCUAUUCGAUUAAAUCGUGCAAUCCAGUCAAGUGAUGGCCACUGGCCUGCUGAAAAUUCCGGUCCCAUGUUUUUCACUCCUCCCCUAAUAAUCAUCAUGUACAUUAGUGGAGCAAUCAAUACGAUUCUAACAGCAGAACACAAAAAGGAGUUGAUUCGCUAUAUUUAUCUUCAUCAGAACGAUGAUGGGGGAUGGGGAUUCUAUAUAGAAGGCCACAGCACCAUGAUCGGUUCGGCACUUAGCUAUGUUGCCUUGAGAUUGCUAGGAGAAGGGCCCGAUGAUGGAGAAAAUGGGGCAAUGACCAAAGGCCGGGAGUGGAUUCUUGACAAUGGUGGUGCAACUGGAAUUCCUUCUUGGGGAAAGGUUUAUCUUUCGGUGCUAGGUGUGUAUGAAUGGGCAGGCUGCAAUCCUUUGCCUCCAGAGUUCUGGCUUUUUCCUUCAUUUUUCCCUUAUCAUCCAGCGAAAAUGUGGUGCUAUUGUCGCACGUCUUACAUGCCCAUGUCGUAUUUGUAUGGGAAGAAAUACCAUGGGCCGAUCACUGAUCUAGUCAAGGCAUUGAGACAAGAAAUUCACACCAAGCCAUAUGAGGAAAUUUGCUGGAACAAAGCGCGACAUGACUGUUGUAAGGAGGAUCUCUACUACCCUCAUACCUUUGUACAAGACUUACUUUGGGAUGGUCUUCAUUACUUGACCGAGCCAAUUAUAACCCAUUGGCCCUUCAACAAGAUUAGAGAGAGAGCCAUGCAAAAAGCGAUUAAGUACAUGCAUUAUGGAGCAGAGAGCAGCAGAUACAUUACCAUAGGAUGUGUAGAAAAGAGUUUGCACAUGAUGUGUUGCUGGGCAGAGGACCCAAAUGGUGAUGAGUUCAAGUACCAUCUAGCUAGAGUUCCGGAUUACUUGUGGCUUGCCGAAGAUGGAAUGAAAAUGCAGAGUUUUGGUAGUCAGCUAUGGGAUUGUGCUUUAGCAACUCAAGCAAUUAUUGCCAGCAAUAUGGUAGAUGAAUACGGCGAUUCGCUAAAGAAAGCACAUUUUUACAUCAAAGAAUCACAGGUCAAAGAAAAUCCAGCUGGGGAUUUCAAGAGUAUGUAUCGGCACUUUACUAAAGGAUCGUGGACUUUCUCAGAUCAAGACCAUGGUUGGGGGGUUUCGGAUUGCACAGCAGAAUCGUUUAAGUGUCUACUCUUACUUUCUCAAAUGCCUUCUGAAAUUGCUGGAGAAAAAGCUGAUGUCGAGCGAUUGCACGAUGCUGUGAAUGGGUUGCUUUACUUACAGAGCCCUGAAAGUGGUGGGUUUGCAGUAUGGGAGCCCCCAAUUCCACAACCAUAUUUACAGGAUUUGAAUCCUUCGGAAAUAUUUGCUGACAUUGUGGUCGAGAAAGAGCAUGUUGAGUGCACUGCUUCGAUAAUCCAAGCUCUUGUGACAUUCAAACGCUUGCACCCAGGCCAUAGAGAGAAAGAAAUAGAAACCUCAGUGGCGAAAGCAAUUCGUUUUCUAGAAGAGAUACAAUGGCUUGAUGGUUCUUGGUACGGAUACUGGGGAAUUUGUUUCAUCUACAGCACAUUUUUUGCUCUUGGGGGGUUUGCUUCGGUUGGAAAGACAUACAACAACAGUGAAGCAGUCCGUAGAGCUGUUGGAUUUUUGCUUUCAACACAAAACGAAGAAGGGGGUUGGGGUGAAAGCCUUGAAUCAUGCCCAUCUAUGAAGUAUCAACCGUUGGAAGGGAAUCGAACGAAUCUGGUACAAACAUCAUGGGCUAUGCUGGGACUUCUUUAUGGCGGACAAGCUCAAAGAGAUACGAGACCGCUACAUAAAGCAGCAAGGAUUUUAAUAAACGCGCAAAUGGUCGAUGGUGAUUUCCCUCAGCAGAAAAUAACCGGUUGUGUCAUGAAGAACUGCAUGUUACAUUAUGCACAAUACAGGAACAUAUUCCCAACGUGGGCGCUCGGAGAAUAUCGGAAAUGUAUUUGGCCAUCUUCCUAGAAAGUAUAAACUCAGGCUCGAAGACCGAGGUUCCACAAAUGAAAGCACAGUUCAUCUUUUACUAUGUAACAACACCAAGCCAUCAAAAGAGAGAAUUAUUAUUUCCUCUUUUAUGUUGACAAGAAGAUACUAUAGAUGAACAAGAAUGCAUGGGGUACCUUACUAACACUCAUUGCAGCAUGAUCGCUUUAUUUCUGUGUCAAAAAUAAUUAAUAAAACAGAAUAAUUACUAUUACCUAAAAGAUAGCGUAAGUACUCCAAGUAUUGUCCUCAGGGAUUACCAAUUGCUUCAAUUGAUUUCUAAAUUAAUUCGGAAAGAGAUUUGAUUGUU